AUGGAGCUCAAAUCUUCCAGUUCCACCAAUAGCAUUCUUGAGCAGCUGAGACAUGGGUUCGCUCGAUUCGAGCUUGUUUCCUCCCCUACUUCUUCUGUCUCGGAUCCAAUCUCCUCCCCUUCACUCCCCGCUUCGUUCUUAGGCGCUACGCAGGGAAAUAGCCAUGUAUUCUUCGCCAGAAUCGGUUCCUCAAUGAAUCGAUCUCCGGCAGCGAAGAAGGUUGAGCAGUACGCUGUGGAUAGAGUUACCGGAGAUGGCCGGUGUCUGUUCCGAGCACUGGUGAAAGGAAUGGCCUUUAACAAGGGUCUUACUAUUAACCCUCGGACAGAGAGAGACGAUGCAGAUGAGUUACGAAUGGCUGUGAAAGAGGUUAUAUGCAAUGACCCCAAUGAAAGGGAGAAGUACAAGGAAGCUUUAGUGGCUAUCACUGUAGACGAGCCUCUGAAACGCUAUUGCCAGCGGAUUGGAAGACAUGAUUUCUGGGGAGGAGAGUCAGAGCUGCUUGUACUUUCCAAGCUAUGUAAACAGCCAAUCAUCGUCUACAUACCAGAGCAUGAGCAUGGGAGAGGAGGUUAUGGGUCGGGUUUUAUACCGAUUGCAGAGUAUGGAGCUGAGUUUCGAGGAGGCUGGGGAAAAGGGAACAAGAACAAGAGUGUUGUUAGGCUUCUUUACAGUGGUAGAAACCAUUAUGAUCUGCUUCGAUAG